AUGCCAAUGCUCAAGGACCCUUCUCUCAAAUACAAACCGUUCAAGCCGGUCGACUUACCGGAUAGACAAUGGCCCAGCAAGACCAUCACAAAAGCCCCGCGAUGGCUGGCUACAGAUCUCAGAGACGGGAACCAGUCCCUCCCCGAUCCAAUGAAUGGUGAGCAAAAAUGGCGAUACUUCGAGCACUUGAUCGCAGUAGGCUAUAAAGAAAUCGAAGUCUCCUUCCCGUCGGCUUCCCAAGUUGACUUUGACUUCACACGGAAAAUCAUCGAAACUCCCGGUGCUGUCCCCGAUGAUGUUGCUAUCCAGGUUCUCUCACCCUGUCGUGAGGACUUGAUCAAACGGACGGUUGAGUCCCUCUACGGCGCCAAAAAUGCCAUUCUCCAUCUAUACCUCGCCACAAGCCAGUGUUUUCGUCGCAUUAUCUUUGGAAUGUCAGAAGAGGAAACUCUCGCUCUCGCUCUCAAGUGCACACAGUAUGCACGCUCGAUCACCAAAGACUCGCCGGACCCGAAAGUUAGAGAGACACGAUGGCAGUUCGAAUUCAGCCCUGAAACCUUCUCAGACACCUCGCCAGAGUAUGUUGUCAAGUUCUGCGAUGCUAUUAAGGCGGUUUGGGAGCCAUCCGUUGAGAAUCCUAUCAUCUUCAAUCUUCCGGCUACAGUCGAAAUGUCUACGCCUAAUGUCUACGCCGAUCAAAUUGAAUAUUUCUGCCGCAACAUUACAGAGAGAGAAAAGAUCUGUGUUUCUCUCCACCCUCAUAACGACAGAGGCUGUGCUGUCGCUGCCUCUGAAUUGGCCCAAAUGGCUGGUGCACAGAGAGUCGAAGGUUGUCUCUUCGGUAACGGAGAGAGAACCGGCAACGUCGACCUUGUCACUUUGGCUUUGAACCUCUACACUCAGGGUGUCUGUCCCAAUGUUGAUUUCUCAGACAUCAGCAAGACUAUCGAGAUCGUUGAAGAUUGCAACAAGAUCCCGGUUCACCCCCGCCAACCUUAUGGUGGUCAACUUGUUGUGUGUGCUUUUUCCGGGAGCCACCAAGAUGCCAUCAAAAAGGGUUUCAAGCUCCGAGACGAAGGCAAUGCUAGCUAUAAUGAUCCAUGGGUCAUUCCCUAUCUCCCUCUCGACCCACAAGACAUCGGCCGAACCUACGAAGCCGUCAUUCGUGUCAACAGCCAAAGUGGGAAAGGUGGUGCCGCCUGGGUUAUACUGCAGCAUAUGCGCCUCGACCUUCCCAGAGGUCUACAAAUUGCCUUUUCAAAGGUUGUUCAAAAGCACACAGAGUCUGUCAAUAGAGAACUACAGCCCACAGAAAUCGUCAAGUUGUUUGAGGAUACUUAUUAUCUCAAAAAUAACCCAAGAUUUACCCUCAUCGACUACGAUAUCAAAACCGAUAGAGCAGCUAGUCGGGGGAGGCCUCCCCAAGGUGUGGUAGCCAAUGGCAAUGGAAGGCCUGCCGAAGAACAGCCGAAGAGACAUUUUGAGGGAAUAGUUGCCUUGGACGGGAUCGAAAGGCCAAUCAAGGGUGUGGGAAACGGUGCCAUUUCCAGUAUGGCGAAUGCGUUAAGGGUGCUUGGCAUUGAACUUGACGUUACAGACUAUAAAGAACAUGCGUUGAGUGCCGGUACCCACGUCAAAGCCGUGGCUUACAUCGAAUGUUCACCCUCGAAGGCUGGACGGGGUGUUAAGUCGGUGAAGGAGGAGGCGGUUUGGGGUGUUGGUAUCCACGAAGAUGUGGUACAAGCCAGUUUGAUUGCUCUUCUUAGUGCGGCGAGUGGCUUCUUGUCUAGCAGACCUGGCACACCGCUCACUAAGCAUGCGCCCAACGGUGAAGUUUCGUCUCUGAAAAUCUAA